AUCUCUCGAGACUUCAUCGCUAUCAUUCUCAGUUUGAUUUCUGAAGAAAGUGCUUUAUUUCGGAAAGUUUGUACGUUGUAGGUAGUGCUUAGUCUAUUUCAAGCAUCUAGCAGCCGAAAAGAUGCUAAUUAAAUCAGUCGUCCUGAUGGUAUGCUUUGCCAUCUUGGCACAAGCGGAUUUUGUUAGGGUACAGUUACACAAAACCGAAAGCGCUCGGCAGCACUUUCGUAAUGUGGAUACCGAAAUUAGACAACUGCGUCUGAAGUACACCGCUGUGUCCGGGCCGGUUCCGGAACCGCUGUCCAACUAUUUAGAUGCUCAAUACUUCGGCGCAAUUACAAUUGGAACACCACCACAGAGUUUCAAGGUGGUAUUUGAUACCGGCUCGUCUAACCUUUGGGUGCCCUCGAAGGAAUGCUCUUUUACCAAUAUCGCCUGCUUGAUGCACAAUAAAUACAAUGCCAAAAAGUCAUCGACAUUCGAGAAGAAUGGAACGGCUUUCCACAUUCAGUAUGGAUCGGGCAGCCUUUCAGGUUAUCUAUCGACUGAUACCGUUGGACUGGGCGGUGUUGCGAUCAAGAAGCAAACGUUUGCCGAAGCCAUCAAUGAACCUGGUCUGGUGUUCGUUGCGGCGAAAUUCGAUGGAAUACUUGGCCUUGCAUACAGCGCUAUUGCGGUUGAUGGGGUUGUGCCCGUCUUUUACAACAUGUUCAAUCAGGGAUUGAUCGAUUCACCAGUCUUCUCCUUUUAUUUGAACCGUGAUCCCAGUGCUGCCGAGGGUGGAGAAAUUAUUUUCGGUGGUUCAGAUUCCAAUAAGUACACUGGAGACUUUACAUACCUACAGGUAGAUCGUAAAGCGUACUGGCAAUUUAAAAUGGAUUCAGUUAAGGUUGGAGAUGCUGAGUUUUGCAACAAUGGCUGCGAAGCUAUUGCCGAUACCGGAACUAGUCUGAUCGCUGGACCAGUUUCUGAGAUUACCGCUAUCAACAAGGCUAUCGGAGGCACGCCUAUUAUUAACGGAGAAUACAUGGUAGACUGUUCCCUGAUUCCGAAGUUACCAAAGAUUGCGUUCGUUUUGGGUGGCAAAACUUUUGAGCUCGAAGGUGCCGAUUAUAUAUUGCGAGUUGCUCAAAUGGGAAAAACAAUUUGCUUGUCCGGCUUCAUGGGCAUUGACAUCCCACCACCGAACGGACCUUUGUGGAUUCUGGGUGAUGUUUUCAUUGGAAAGUACUACACCGAGUUCGACAUGGGCAACGAUCGCGUUGGAUUUGCCACAGCUAUUUAGAAUGUGUUUCAAAACUGGUAAGCAAAGGUAGUAUGCUUUAAUCAAAUUUCUAAAUUCAGUUAACUGCACAUUAGUCAGCUAGAAAACGAAUGGUUUGAUUAUACGGAUUACAAAAGUUAAUGUUUAUGAAAAUAAAGCUGGAACCAAAACUGUUCAA